AUGGUUCGGGCAGCGCUAUGUGCAGCCAGUAGUCGUACAGUUGAACAUAUUGUUGAUAUGAGCAAAAUCCGUUCCCAACUAAAUGACCAAUUGCGUUGCUUGGAAACCCGAACGGAGGCGCAGACUGCUAUUUUACUGGAACUAAAUGAUUACUAUCGGAAGAAAGCGGAACUUGAUGGCGAAUAUGGAAAGCAGCUUGAAAAACUUGCAAAAAAUAUUAUGCAGAAACAUAAAAAUGAGCGGUAUAAGCGUGAUGCUUGGACUUUACAUUCAACGUGUGGGCUAUGGCAACAGCUGGUGGAUCAGACAAAGGAGGAAGCUAAGCAGAAGAUGGCUUUGGCUGAUUUAUACGCAGCUCGUCUUACAGUACUUAUUACUCAGAGAGCAGAUGAUUUACAGCGUAUUUCUCGAAAAUGUCGCGAAAUAGGUGCACUUGCUCACGGUGAAAUAUGUCGAGUGAUAAAUGAACUGCAUACUGCCAUGAGGACUUACCAACUUUGUUUUCUUGAAUGUUCAUCUCUAGAAAGCAAAUUUCGCCAAGUUGAAGAAAAUAAGGCAAAAUAUGAAGAAAAUAAUCCAACGAAGCUCGGUAUUACUCGUAAGCAUCGGUGUUUAGCAAAGCUUUAUAAUAAGAGGCUGGAAAAAUACAAUGCGAUAAAACUAAAAUGUUUGAAAGCCAGAAAUGAGUAUCUGUUAUGUGUGCAGGCGGCCAAUGCAGCUUUGCAUAAGUAUUUUGCUGACGAUCUUUCUGAUCUCAUCGAUUGCAUGGAUCUUGGUAUGGAUCAGUGGUUACAGGGUUUUAUAAAUUGUGCCGUGACAGCGCGGAAAGAUAUGUGUCAAAAGGAAAUGGAUGCUUUAGCAGAACUUUGUGGAUUUAAGGAAUCACUUGAUUCAAAGACGGAUAAACAACGGUUUAUUGAAGCAAAUCAUGCGACUUUCAUGCUGCCAAAACGAUUCGAAUUCAGGGGGCAGAUUGGUGAUGCAGUGUCUACGGUAAGUGCAACCGAUGUCGUUGCUGAAGAACUGCAACAGCGGCAUUUGCAAAUCGAACGGAGACUUGCUAAUGUGAGAAUUGAGUCGGAAGAAAUAUGGAAAACCUUGGAGUCCACAGAAAAAGCGGUUGCUGAACGUUUUAUGGAGGCGAUGACUAGUUCGGUUGCAUCUGCUGAAAUUCCAAAUGAUACAUCACGUGAAGAUUGUAAUGACUCAAGCAUUUACAACUUUAAAAAUAGACUAAAUGCUAACGAAUUAUAUGACUUUUAUCUUGGGAAAUUCAGUCAUUAUAUGCUGAAUAGUAACUUAAUCGAACGUCUAGAAGCACGGGCAAAUGGAAUUGCCUUAGCUUUGAACGGGUAUUCCAGCAAAAGUUUUGAUGGUAGCACCAGCUCUGUUGUUGUUCCUACCCCUAACUCUUUCUGUCAAGAUGGCGAUGACAGCGCAAUCUUUCCUUCCGUUCGUAAAAGUGCGAAAAAAAGAAUUGGCAGUGGUUUGCUAUCAGAUGGUAUUAGGCGUCCGAAGCUCUUUGGCGGUAGUUUGGAUGAGUAUGUUGAAGCAACAGGAGAAACAAUACCUCUCAUUGUCACUUCAACUAUACGUGUAUUAUCCCAAUUCGCUUUACAUCAUCAAGGAAUAUUCCGUAUAUCAGGCUCACAAAUUGAAAUUAAUAUAUUUCGAGAAGCAUUUGAAAAAGGUGAAGAUCCAUUACGACAUGUUGUUGAUGCUACAGAUGUCAAUUCAAUUGCGGGUGUUUUGAAACUUUAUUUACGUGAACUUCGUGAAUCCCUUUUUCCUAUAUUUCUUUUUGAUCAGUUAACAGAGUGUGCGAAAUGUUCAAAUGCUGAUGAAUUCGUCAAACAGGUUGUACCGCUUAUCCAGAAAUUGUCACAACCUACUCAGCUUGUAUUACGAUAUCUGUUUGCGUUCCUCAAUCACCUCAGUGAAUUUAGUGAUGAAAAUAUGAUGGAUCCGUACAAUCUUGCCAUCUGUUUCGGACCUACACUUCUUCCUAUUCCAGAAGGAAAAGAUCAGGUCUUUUACCAUAAUUUUGUAAAUGAACUUGUGAAGAAUUUGAUUGUUUAUCACGAACAAAUUUUCUCCACAGUAUUACGCGGUCCGCGGUAUGAGAAGUAUCUAAUUGAAUCCGAGCAAGCACUCUUUAUUGAUGAGCAAGAAAGUGCCGUUAGUGGUGAUGAAGAAAUUAUAACGACACCGACUGAUUAUUCAAACGAAAAAUCGUUGACGGGACUUAAAGCACUUAUGGUGGCUCCAUCUUGGAAUGCUGCUGUGGAAAUGCUAUCACCAGCUUCAGAUGCCGCUGCAUGCACAUUAGACAACCUUCCAGAAUAUGCCGUUGCUUCAGCUGACCAGAAUCCUGUGCUCUCAAAUUUUUUUGACAAUUCAGCGUUGUCAGCAAAAUUAAUGCCUGGACUAGAUAAUGAUGUAAUGAGGCGUUUUGAAAGUAGUAGUAAUACAACUGUGGCAGGUGCUCAGAACCUUUUAUUGAUUAACAACAAUGAAAUCUCGUCGAAGCAGAAACGAGCGCAGCAGCAGGUCUGGUCUCGUCGAGGAUGUGGCGUGAGUUCGCUACGUGAACAGCUGCACCACAGUCGAGUACAGCAGCAGGCUUUUACCAGUGAUAAGUUAUCACCGUCAUCAUCUUCUUUAGAUGCUGUCAUUUUUGAUAAUCGUUUCGAUGGAAUAAUGUUCGGAAAUAAAGUGUCAUCAAUUAGUAACGAAACUCCUGAAAGGAAAACGAUAUUUCAUGAGAAGCUGAGAAGUAUGGAACCAGAUUUAGUACGCUCUCUUCCGCAUGAUAUGAUUACUGUUCAUCCAAAUCAGCCACCAAGAAAUACAUAG